GACAUUACUAUUAAAUUGAUUAACGAAAGAUAAUAUAGGAGUAAUACCUUUUUGGUGACCAAUAACUUUUUAUUAAACAAAAAAAACUCCUUACUUUUCUAUAUGUAUGCAGCCAGUAACAAGAACUUGUAGGUAGGAAUAAAAAAAGCUAAGUUAUUAUAUAACUAUUAAAGCAUUAAUUUUAUGCAACACCUUUAUAAGAAAAGGUGUAAAAGAGAAAAGUUUUAUAAAUGUAUGAAAAAUUUUAAAUAAUCGCAAAGAAAAGAAGUAUUUGUUUCCAACUGCCUUGUUAAAAUUGAGGCUUGAAUGGAAAUCCCCAUUAAAAGAGCACAGUGAUAGUCCAGAAACAAAGGAGAGUAGGAGGAUUUAACAAGUUAUUUGAAACUAAACAGGUUUUAUUAUCUGCGUGGAUGUGGAACUUUUUGGCGCGAAAUAAACAAGUGGCCGCCAUGUUGGGGUUGCUCGCUGCGGCCGCUGUGGUGGUGAUCUUUUUAGCCACUAGAGGGCGGAGCCAUGUGGUCGUCGAACAGUUUCUGGUGGAAACUGAAGAUGUCAGCGAAGAUCCGUACAUAUUUUCUGCUCACAGCCUUCCAUCAGACGAUCGAUUCAUGCCUUCAAUAGGCAACGGGCAUUUGGCUACCAAUGUCUUCAGUGACACAGUCUACAUGAAUGGUCUAUACAACGGACGUAAAGGCGAGAGCAGACGGGCCAGAAUACCAGCCUGGGCCAACAUACGUCUCAACUCAACCCUCACCAACCAUCCGUACAGUCCAGUAUACAGUUUGGAUACUAAACACGGUGUGUUCCAAGUGACAGUUGACAGAGAUAGAUCGAUUGUCACGCAGAGAAUCUACGCUCAUAGAUAUUACACGAGGUCAAUUGUGAACCAGAUCAAAGUUGAACCAAAGAGCCAUACAGAUCCAAACUUCGUUCAUCAUCAAAUCUGGAUAGCCAUCAAACAAAUGCCGGGACCUGACAGCAAGGACAUCGACUUCGAGGCCCCAACUCCUGAGGUUAUUGACGAAAUGUUGGUAUGGAAAGCGUGUGGGAAGACGAAGGAGGUGGAAGACCCAGCAUAUCAGGGGUUGCCGGAAAAAGUAUGCGCAUACUGGUCAUCUGUCCCCGAUCAUCUCGUGGUACCACACAUUAGGAGUCGAGUGAUCACAUUUCUCAUGACUGCGGAUAAAAACGAGACUGUGGCGAGACAAGAGUUUAUUAAAAUAUUGCAGGAAGACGGCGAUGAGUUGUUCGAGAAGCACGUAGAACAGUGGGGGAAACUCUACCGGCAGGGUGGGUUGGAGAUUGAAGGGAACUUGCAGUUGGCUAAAAUAGUCAAUGGAAUCUGGUACUAUUUCCUCAGCGCACUGCCAUCUGAGGAAUCUCAUUUCCCUCUUGACCGAUACUAUGGUUUAAGUCCGACUGGGUUGGCUAGAGGCGGUACCUUUGAUGAUUAUGAAGGUCACAACUUCUGGGACACAGAGAUGUGGAUGUUCCCUCCAAUACUACUUAUAUAUCCGCAGUACGCGCGUAAACUGCUGCAGUAUCGGCUCGACAAUGCGUAUGUGGCUGCAGAGUUGGCCAGAAUUACUGGGAACAAAGGAUAUAGGUUUCCUUGGGAAAGUGCAUACACUGGCAGUGAGGUGACUCAGCCAUGUUGUCCUGAAGUGGCUGAAUUUGAGCAACACAUCAGCGCCUGCAUCGCGUUUGCGGCCAGACAAUAUCUGUCUGUGACUAGAGACGAAGAUUGGCUGAAGCAUGGCGGAUGUUCCAUAGUAACAAAUAUCGCAGACUUCUGGGCUUCCCGCGCUGUUAUCAAAUUCUCCACCGGUCUCUAUGAUAUUGCGAACGUGAUGGGUCCCGAUGAAGACCACAGCAACGUGACCAAUUCUGUGUUCACCAACGUGGUCGCUGGGUAUUCCCUUUAUUUGGCGCAAUACGUAGCUUGUCUGUGCAAAUCCUACUACAUGGCGAAGAAUCCCGACCACUGGGCAGACAUCGCCUGGAGUCUCGCACUACCUUACGAUAAGACGUUGGACUAUCAUCCACAAUUCGAAGGGUACAAGCGAGGGGAAGCCAUAAAACAGGCAGAUGCUGUGCUAUUGGGUUUCCCAUUACAGUAUCCAAUGAAUAUUUCAACACGUAUAAACGACCUCACAUACUAUGAGUCAGUGACCCGAGGAAACGGCCCCGCCAUGACCUGGAGCAUGCACACCAUCGGCCAGCUGCAAAUACAAGACAACCUACGAGCUGCUACGCUCUUCAACAGAAGCUACGAGGGAUAUGUGCGUGAGCCUUUCAAGGUCUGGUCAGAACAGCGUCGUCCAAAAGUAGGCGCCGUGAACUUCCACACUGGCAUGGGUGGAUUCCUGCAAACUCUCAUGUUUGGAUACGGUGGUAUCCGAAUACAUUUAGACCGGCUUGAGAUAACGCAGCCACAGUUGCCGCCAGAAGCCACCAAGUUCAGGAUUAAAGACAUAAAAUACUUGGGCGCAAAGCUGACGCUAGACAUUCGUAUUUCACAAACUACCCUCACCGUCGCGUCUGUGGACGACAACUGGCCUCUUAUGAUGAACAAUGGAAAGUACAAUGUCACAUUGGUGCCUGGGAUGAUUGUGACGCUGAAAGGCACCGGACCAUUCACGAUACGUACCAUACCGUGGAAGCACUGCAAGUUGCCUCUGGACACCAUCGGAAAUAAUUAUCUUAGACCUAUAGACUAAUUUGCCGUACUAUAGUUUGAUUGUAAGUUUAUCGCACAUUGCUUUAAGAUCCGCAAUAUGGAAAACCGCAAAACGCAGUUAAAGUUCUUUCUGCCAGUCAAAUAUUAUUAUGUUUAUUAUAUGUAUACCGACUCACUUUAUCUAAACCUAAAAUUGAGAAGAGGUAAAUAUCUGUAUUGUGAAAAUGAAGUCUUUUCUAAACUUUUACUAUUUUCUUGUUUAAAUUUAUUGUAAAUAAACAGGUAGGUAGAUAUAUUCUUAUUCUAAGGAUGUAUUUGAUUUUAGUUAGCGAAAUAAUGUUUUGCGUGUGAAUAAUGAGUUUUUUUUAAUUACUAGUGGAAAAAUAA